GAGAUUCGCACCUACCUCUUGGGCAAAGACCUCAGCAGCAUCUCUCUCAAGGCCCUGAGAGUGGAACUGGAGACUCGUCUUGAUCUGCCAACCGGAGGCCUCAACGAGCGGAAGGGCGAGAUCCGGUCCAUUGCCGAAGAUCUGGUCACGGAAGCUCAAAAUGCGGCGCCUUUGCUGCCCCCGGUGGUGCAGGAGCCAACCCCGAAAAGAAGGAAGGUCUUGGCCACUCCUGAGGCUGCGGCAGUGCCCGUAGCAGAGCCGCUGUCACCUGUGAAGGGUAAAGCUCCUAAGAGGAAGCAUGCGCCCUCGGCCUACGCGCUGUGGUCGAAAGAUCAACGGACGACUGUGGUCGAAGAGCUGGAGAAGUCCCUGCAGCGGAAGCCUAGUUUUGCAGAGAUCUCGAAAGCCAUCCCGGAACGUUGGAAAGCGGCAGAUGAGGCAGAGAAAGCUGUGUACGAGCAGAAGGCCAAGAUUGCCAAG